AUGGCCACCCUCUUCUCAGGUCAUGUCCUGAUCCGCAACAACAACGACCAGAAUGAGCUGGACACGGAGGAGGAGCUCAGCCUCCAGUUGGAGAACCGGCUGGUGCUGUUGUUCUUCAGCGCCGGAUGCUGCCCCUGGUGCCAGGCCUUCGCGCCGGUUCUCAGGGACUUCUUCGUGCGCCUCACGGACGAGUUCUACGUUCUGCGGGCGGCCCAACUGGCCCUGGUAUAAGUAUCUCAGGACCCCAUGGAGGAACAGCAGCACCAGUUCCUCAGAGAUAUGCCCAAGAAGUGGCUCUUUCUGCCUUUCCAGGAUGACCUGAGGAUGGACCUGGGACGCCAGUUCUCCGUGGAUCGCCUGCCCACGGUCGUGGUGCUCAAACCCGGAGGUGAUGUGCUCACACGAGACGCUGUGGACGAGAUUCGCCGCCUGGGCCCCGCUUGCUUCACCAAAUGGCAGGAGGCGGCGGAGUUGCUGGACCGCAGUUUCCUGCAACCCGAGGACCUGGACGACCCAACUCCACGCAGCCUCACCGACCCGCUUCGGCGCCACAAGUACCGCGUAGACGCGGAGCCUCAAAGCGGUCCUGGGGGCGGAGCCGGGGGAGAGGGCGGGGUCAGGGGCUGUUCUGAGACCCUUGGACUAGGGGUGGGCGGGGCUGGGGAUUUUAAAAAUAUUCCCUAUGAGGGCGGGUGA